GCAGGGGUUACGUUUGCAGUCAGUCCGGUGUUUGCAAAUAUUGUGUGGGCUCGAGAGCGCGUCUCUGGGCUCCGGCAGGAUCCGAACCCGCGGCGCCUAAUUGCUGUGCACUGAGUUUGCAUGAAACUUUCCCCGGCGCUGCAGGCACGGCUGCUGCGCUCCCGACUCCAGACCGCACACCUCCCUGUUUUCACAACAGCAGUGACUGUCUUUUCCAACCCGACAUGGAUGUACUCCCAAUGUGCGGCAUCUUCCAGGAACUCCAGAUUGUGCACGAGACUGGUUACUUCUCGGCGCUGCCCUCCCUGGAGGAAUAUUGGCAACAGACCUGCCUGGAGCUGGAGCGUUACCUCCAGAGCGAGCCCUGCUAUGUGUCGGCCUCCGAAAUCAAGUUCGACAGCCAGGAAGAUCUGUGGACCAAAAUCAUCCUGGCUCGGGAGAAAAAGGAGGACCCGGACCUGAAGCUGUCCUCCAGUCCCCCCGAGGACGCCCUGCACAGUCCUGGCUUUGCUUACAACGUGGAGACCAACAGCCUCAGCUCGGACGUGAGCAGCGAGUCUUCCGACAGCUCCGAGGAACUCUCCCCCACCACUAAGUUUUCCUCCGACCCCAUGGGCGAAGUCUUGGUCAGCUCGGGGACCCUGAGUUCGUCCGUCACCUCCACGCCCCCUUCUUCUCCAGAACUGAGCAGGGAGGCCUCUCACCUGUGGGGCUGCGCGCCCGGCGAGCCGCACCCUCCCGGGAAGGCGCGCGGCGGGACCGCGGGCAAGCCGGGCGACAAGGCCAGCGGGGACGCGUCCCCGGACGGCCGGAGGAGGGUGCAUCGGUGCCACUUUAACGGCUGCAGGAAAGUUUACACCAAGAGCUCGCACUUGAAAGCUCAUCAGCGCACUCACACAGGAGAAAAGCCUUACAGAUGCUCAUGGGAAGGGUGUGAGUGGCGUUUUGCAAGAAGCGAUGAGCUGACCAGACACUUCCGAAAGCACACUGGCGCCAAGCCGUUUAAAUGUUCUCACUGUGACAGGUGUUUCUCCAGGUCCGACCACCUGGCCCUGCACAUGAAGAGGCACCUGUGAGGGGCAGCACGGCGACCCCUGCGGGCUAAAAGGCUUCCAGGCUGAGAGACAGCCGUGGAAGGAGGGUGCGUGUCCCAGCCAAAGCAUGCCAUUUUGCACCCCACCCAGCUGCCUCCAGGACCUCUGCUUGGAAGGUCUCUCGAGGGCGAAGCCGUCACGUCAGAAGUGGCCGGGCUCGCGCGGCGUGUGGCGUUUGGGUGGCCCCGACUCACCGCCGGUACCUCCCUUCCGAGCGGUCCCUAAGCCUUUGCCGAGAGCAUGUGCACUGAGAAUGUUAGCGCUUGGGUGGACUGUGUGAUGAGGCCGAGGCCCGUCCCUGGCGGUGGCAAGGCCGAGAGAGGCAGCAAACGCGUAGUUUGAAUGUUUUGUGUGUGCGGAGUAUAUACCACGAGAGGAGACGACCACCAGACGUCUCCGAGGGGGUGGGGUCUGCGCCUUAGAAUAAACCUGUAAAAAAAAAAAAAAAAAAAA